UUUCGGUCUUGGUUUGGAAAAUAGCGAGACAAAAGUAGCUUCAACGCCCUCCGAGCCACGAAAAAAGUCGAAGCAAAAGCGAAGCUUCCACUUCUGCCACCCCGGCUUCACAACUUCUCGACCGUUCUUAAUACAGAACCGGGUCUGCGCACGAAAAAACGAGAGCCAUGUCUUGUUCGUCGCUCCUCCCUCGUUUUUUCCCCACGACAGCAUCUUCAGUAGCCCUGCUUAUCUCGUGGGUGCUCCUCCUCGUCCACACUGCGACUCCAUCCGAGGCCAAAAGUUCAAGCCAGGCGGAACCGGUUUCGAUCGCGCCCGCCGCCGGGGAUCCGGGCGGCUUCAUGGACGAAGACGGCAAUCACCAGGGGUUUCUGGACGACGAGACUGGCGAAGACGAUGACGAUCUCGACGGUAGCUUCUCGUUGGACGAAAUGGAGCUCGCGGCGGACGAGCUGCUGGCGCAGUCCGUUCGGUCCGGCGCGAUCGACGUGUCUGCCAGUGCGAAAUUGCUUGACAACGGCGUGCAGCAGGUCGCCAGCAGUGAGGAGUAUCUCCAACAAUUUUCCCUAGCGGGCAGUGAUACCAUCGGAGGAUCAACACAAGCUGCACGUGUACAACAACUCGGGCAAAGCCAGGCCGGGCUGACGGUGAAGACCGCGCCGGGCGGGGAGCUCGUGGACCAGGGGGUGACCGCGGCUUCCAGUAUGGAGAUGAAGAACGGGGUAUUGGUGUACAAGGAGGAUGAGAGUAGUACUCCGGAAGGAGCAGGAGAUAGAGCGGCAGCAGACCUUGUUGAGCGGGAGCAGACGAAAUUGGAGCAACUGACGCAGGAAUUAUCCGAAACGCAGAAAAGGCACAAUCAGUUCAAGGACCAGCUGCGGGAGACCGCGAAAAAGGAGCAGACCAAGAAGAUGAACAAACAAAAAAACAAAAAGACGCUUUCCGGGUUUCUGACCAAGUGGAAGAAUUUCGCCACCGACUGGUUUCAGCCCGGGUACUGCCGCGAGGCCAAGCGUUCCACGAACUACCACACUGCGGAGAACUGCUAUUCGCCCUCGCGCUGCUCUAUCCAAGAAAAACGCUAUGUGAGUGUAAAUCUGUCAUGUAGAAAAUGCAAAUUGUCAUGCUGGAUAUGCGUCAUAGAAGGCCACUUUCAUACCUGUUUUCACGUGCUAGUCGCGCAUGACAGGUUUUCCUUGUAAUGUAAAAACGAAUAUAGUGAUGCUGCUUUUCCGUACAAAGUUAAUACACAUGCUCACAGUUUUUUUCUUGGAUAUGCUCGGACCCCCGGAUCCGGCAAGUCUGCCUCACGCAGGGCUUCGUGCAGAUAUCAGAUGCAAAAAUUUCUGGGUCUAGAACAAAGCAACUUGUCAUGCUAAAUGUGAAUCAGGCAAAAAACUGUGUUGCAUGAUUGGCAAAAGUUGUGCACUCUUGAUGUAAGUAAUCGAGAGGCAGUUUCUCAUGCAGAAUAGGCAUUAGAAUUAGAAAGGUCUCGUCGCAGAAUCUGUCAUGCUAUGUCCUACAUGCCAGACCUCAUGGGCCAUGGAAAACCUGCAUGACAAAUCUGGCGAUCUUCCAGACCCAGGCACUUUUGCAAUCCAUAGCAGAUGACCGACAACUACGUCCUGUUCAAGUCCGGGAACGGGUGCCGGGCGGCGCCCGUCACCGAGGUGGAUGUAUCCCCGAGAAAAACGCGGGCAGGGCAUAUUUGUAAAUGCAAAAACAAAUACACAGAAAAAUUUGUCAUGGGUGGUCCCAUAGCGUGCUGCUUCGGGUAUGCAGUGCAGAUUUUUUUUGCGUAUUUAUUUUUGCAAUACAAAUAUGCCCUGCCAGCUUUUUUCUGUGUGAUAGGAUGCGAAAACCGGGCGGGUGAUCCGGAAGAACCAGAACGCCUGCGUGCCGCUGCGGCACUACUGCGCCAUGCAGUGGGACGGCAUUUCCUGCGGGGAACUGGAGGGCUGCGAGUGGGUCGUCACGGGGCGAGUAUCAAAUGUAAAAAUGUCUGGGUUUGGAAGAAUGCAACUUGUCAUGCUAAAUCUGAAGCAUGCAAAAAUCUGUGUUGCAUGAUUACCAAAAGUCGUCCAGUUUUGACCAAGUCGCGAGGGAGUUUCUCAUGCAGGCUAGGCAUGAGAGAGAUCGCACAGAAUCUGUCAUGCUAGGUCCUGCAUUCCAGACCAGACCUCAUGGGUCAUGGAAAAGCUGCGUGACAAGUCGCGCAUUCUUCCAGACCCAGACAUUUUUACAUUUGAUAGCGAGGGGAGGAAAGCAUAAGCAACCAGGCAGGUGGGUCCUCGUCGACGGAGGUGGGAGCAGCCGCUGUGGAGGAUGUUGAUCCUAGUGUUGCUCCUGUUGAGAAAAAAAACGAAAACCCACCCCGUCUUUCCUGGCGAAAUUACGAGACAACAAUCCCGGGCGUUGCCUACCUGCUGCCGGACCUGCCCUGCGACCCGCUGCCCACCGCUCGUCGCGCGCGGCGGGAGCCGUGUUUCUUAAAGGAGCCGAAGGCGGUCGACAAAAAGAGUUGGUGGUACUGGUUCCUCACCAGCCGGGUGACGAAACUCAGCACGUCCGCACAGUGGCGCUACGAGAGGCUGACGCGCCGCGAUUUGUCCUACAAUGUCCCGCGGAACGACUGCGGCAGGUGCAAGGAGGUCUCGACCCACUGCUACGAGAAUUCCCAGUGUUGCAGCAAUAAGUGUGCCGUCGGUCCGGGAUUGUAUAGCUUCACGCACAAAAAAAGAUGCCAGCCGGUGGCGGGGGAGCAAGGAUAUCCCUCUGUGAGUGAAGGGGGCAUUACCGUGUCGGUGUAACGCGUAUAAUUCUGGUGUACACAUUUAUAAACCGUGUGUUUCUGAGUAGAACCAGAAGUGAAAUCCACCAGCUCGUCGGCCAGUAGAAAUGACCAGAUACUAUUGCACGGAAUGUUGUAGCAAUAAUCUCCGUGCGGGAUCAUGAAGAUGAGAUGACAAUUUCUCCUUUUCGCCUGUGUACAAAGUAGCUUCUGUUUUAGUGAAACGGCUUCAUAAAAACAAUGCACCACUACCACUUUUUCUACAUCAAUGUGAUGAUUGCAAAACGCAAACGAAACUGAUCGCUUGUAGAACAAACAAGCUCGCCCAAUGUACUAGGACAAGUUUCAUGAACAAACAAGCCCGCCCAAUGUACUAGUACAAGUUUCAUCAUGAACAAUGUAAGUAGGUCUCUCCUGUGCAUCUUCUUUGUCUGCAAAAGGAAAAGGAAAACAAAAAAAUGUGCUGAAGAUCAAUAAUUAAACGAAGCUCUCAGAGUCAGAAGGCAAAUGCCGCUUCAGUUUAGG